AUGGGUCAGAGGAACUCCAGGCUGAAGAAGAACAAACCUCAACAGAGUCUGUCAGGUUGGUGGGAGGAGACAGUCACUGUAGAGGAACACUGGAGCUUAAACAUGGAGAAUGGAGACCACUGCUCAGAUCCUGAUGCUUUAAGGUUGGUGGGAGGAGCCAGUCGCUGUGCAGGAACACUGGAGCUGCAAUAUCACAGAUAUUGGAGACCAGUGGGUGGCUAUUAUUUCUCUGGCUGGACCCUGAAGACAGCAGAUGCUGUCUGCAGAGAGUUGGACUGUGGCUCUGCUGUUUCUGUAGAAGAGAGACAAGAGUCCUCAGUCAGAUCUGUGUGGAGUAUCAGGUCUGACUGUGUUCGGUAUGGAUAUGCUCUGAGGGAGUGUGCAACAUCAGAUUCCUCUUCUUCCAUCCUGGACAUCACCUGCUCAGACUCUGUCAGGCUGGUGAAUGGGACCAGUCUGUGCUCAGGCAGACUGGAGGUGAAGACUAAUCAGUCUACCCAGCACUGGUCCUCAGUGUGUGAAGAUGACUUUGACCAGCAGGAUGCAGAGGUGGUCUGUAGGGAGCUUGGCUGUGGGGCUCCUUCAGUCCUCCAGGGGGCGCUCUAUGGAGAAGUGGAGCCUCCAAUGUGGACCAAAGUGUUCCAGUGUGGAGGCCAUGAGUCUGCUCUCCUGGACUGUAGAAGCUCAAUCUCAGAUAGGAACACCUGCUCACCUGGAAAAGCUGUUGGACUCACCUGCUCAGAGCCUGUCAGGUUGGUGGGAGGAUCUAGUCACUGUGAUGGAACACUGGAGGUGAAACAAGGAAAAUGGAGACCAAUGGUUGUCUAUCCCUGGACUCUGAUGACAGCAGCUGCUGCCUGCAGAGAGCUGGACUGUGGCUCUGCUGUUUCUGUAGAAGAGAGAAAAGAGUCCCCAGACAGAUCUGUGUGGAGGCUGACGUCUAACUGUGUUCAGUCUGGUUCUGCUCUGAGGGAGUGUGCAGAAUCACGUUACUCUGCCUACAUUCAGGAUCUCACCUGCUUAGACCUGCUGCUUCAGCCCAACAUCUCUGUUUCCUCCAUAUACGGGGUCUCCGAGGCCCAGCAGCAGGGGUUCCAGGUGUUCAGGGGCUCCACCUUCAACAUAAGCUGCUCCAUCCAGCCACAGUACCCAGGAGGCUCCUUCCAGCUCACCUUCACCUCCUCCAACUCAACACACAACUCCACCCAGCCAGCUGUCAAUCACUCUGCCCACUUCCUGUUUCCUGCUGCAGAGCCCGCCCACCAAGGAACAUACAGCUGUGUUUAUCACCUCUAUGUUUUCUCUCAUAACUUCUCCUCUGCGAGCCGUCUGCUCUCUCUCACUGUCUCAGACCUGCUGCUUCAGCCCAACAGCUCUGUGUCCUCCUCCAUGGAUGGGGUCUCCGAGGCCCAGCAGCAGGUGUUCCAGGUGUUCAGGGGCUCCACCUUCAACAUCAGCUGCUCCAUCCAGCCACAGUACCCAGGAGGCUCCUUCCAGCUCACCUUCACCUCCUCCAACUCAACACACAACUUCACCCAGCCAGCUGUCAAUCACUCUGCCCACUUCCUGUUUCCUGCUGCAGAGCCCGCCCACCAAGGAACAUACAGCUGUGUUUAUCACCUCUAUGUUUUCUGUCAUAACUUCUCCUCUGAGAGCUGUCUGCUCUCUCUCACCGUCUCAGGGUCUGUCAGGUUGGUGGGAGGAGCCAGUCGCUGUACAGGAACACUGGAAGUGAAACAUGAGGAAGAAUGGAGACCAGUGGAUCUCUAUCCCUGGACCCUGAAGACAGCAGCUGCUGCCUGCAGGGAGUUGGACUGUGGCUCUGCUGUUUCUGUAGAAGAGACAAAGGAGUCCUCAGACAGAUCUGUGUGGUGGAUCAGGUCUGACUGUGUUGAGUCUGGAUCAGCUCUGAGGGAGUGUGCAGAAUCAUCUUCCUCUUCCUCCAUCCUCCAUCUCAGCUGCUUAGAACCUGAAGCUGUCAAGUUGGUGGGAGGAGCCAGUCGCUGUGCAGGAACACUGGAGGUGAAACAUCACAAAGAAUGGAAACCAGUGAGUUACAAUGACUCUAACUGGCCCCUGAAGACAGCAGCUGCUGCCUGCAGAGAUUUGGACUGUGGCUCUGCUGUUUCUGCAGGACAGAGAAAAGAGUCCUCACACAGAUCUGUGUGGAGGAUCAGGUCUGACUGUGUUGAGUCUGGAUCUGCUCUGAGGGAGUGUGCAACAUCAGAUUACUCUUCGUCAAUCCUCUAUCUUAGCUGCUCAGACCUGCUGCUUCAGCCCAACAUCUCUGUGUCCUCCAUGGACAGGGUCUCCGAGGCCCAGCAGCAGGGGUUCCAGGUGUUCAGGGGCUCCAACUUCACCAUCAGCUGCUCCAUCCAGCCACAGUACCCAGGAGGCUCCUUCCAGCUCACCUUCACCUCCUCCAACUCAGCACACAACUCCACCCAGCCAGCUGUCAAUCACUCUGCCCACUUCCUGUUUCCUGCUGCAGAGCCCGCCCACCAAGGAAACUACAGCUGUGUUUAUCAUCUCUAUGUUUUCUCUCAUAACUUCUCCUCUGAGAGCUGUCUGCUCUCUCUCACCGUCUCAGAUGCAUCAGAUCCACCAGAUCCAUCUACUCGAAGGCCUUUUAUCAUCAGAGUGGUCGUGUUCUCUCUGACUCUGCUGUUGGUGAUCACUGCUCUUUCUUUCUACUGUAAGGGUGAACAGUUCGUAUGAGGCUCUCACCGGAGGUCCGAGCAUUGAGGGUUUCGAGGAUUUCACCGGAGGAAUCGCAGGGAGCUAUGACUUGAAGAAAGCUCCACCCUUCCUAAUUACCAUCAUGAGGAAGGCACUGAUGCUCGGUCUGCUCCAUCGAUAUCUCCAGCUUGUGUGAGACGGAGGCCAUCACCAGUCAGAAGCUGGUGAAAGGACACGCUUACUCCAUCACUGCAGCAGAGCAGAUGAUGGAGAACUGGCCGGCAGUUUUUGAGAAGAAGGGAUAUGGUGGGCAGUACGUGGCUUUCAGUGAACGCGUUCUCCACUAAGUGUCCCACCAAUUUGGAACAGAUUCCCAGGAGCCAUCAAAUCCUGGCCUUCAGAUGAGCUGAGAGGUCCCCAAACCACACUGCACCUCCAUACUGCAGGAUGCUUUGAAUUGUUGAUA